AGAAAAGCACUGAUUGGCUAAGGCAGAAAAGUGCCGCUACCUCGGCGGUUUCGGUUUUCGCUGCGAUCGUCCGCGGAGGCCGGGCGUGUGGGGCGCCUGGAGUGAGGGUUCUGGAUCCCGGCCGCGAGGAUUAUUAAAAUGAGUCUUCGGAAGCAAACCCCUAGUGACUUCUUAAAGCAAAUCAUUGGACGGCCAGUUGUGGUAAAAUUAAAUUCUGGAGUGGAUUAUCGAGGGGUCCUGGCUUGCCUGGAUGGCUACAUGAAUAUAGCCCUGGAGCAGACAGAAGAAUAUGUAAAUGGACAACUGAAGAAUAAGUAUGGGGAUGCAUUUAUCCGAGGAAACAACGUGUUGUACAUAAGCACACAGAAGAGAAGAAUGUGAAGACACCAAGAGAGCAAUACUUUUCAUAGUUGGAUAUAUUUUUUAUGAAUUUUUUUUUCUCUAUUUUUUGGUUCUUUCAUGAUAUAAUUUGUCCUGUUUUUAUAAUAAUUGGCAAUUUUCAUUGACUUAUGAAUAAGAUAAAUGUAUAAAAUUGUGGAUUUAAUUGUGAAGUGUUCUUUCACAUAAGUUUCAGUCAUUUUCUUUUACCUUUGUAUCAGUGUACAGAAUGCUAAAAGAAUAAAAAAGAAAAAAGACAAAAUCUACCUCGUCCUACAAGA